UGGGAGCUGCCAGUCUGCUCGGCUGUGAGCGCCGGGCUGGGACCAGCCUCCCUCCUCACCCCCCACCCCCCUGGGGAGGCCGGCCGUGGGGAGUGGGGGGUCCACCCCCUUCUCGUCUCUUCGUCCAGCAGAGAAAAGGCACGGCCUGUGGCCUCGGGCCCCUUAAUUCAGCCAAGUUGCGGGGGUGGGGGGGGGGGUCAAACGCCUCCAGGGCCCCAGGCCCUGUGACCGCCUCCUGGGGCAGGACCGUCUGGAGGGCCGCCCAAGGCCACUGUCCCUUGGCCGUAAUGGAAACUUCUGGGCUGGCUUGUGAGCAGCCACGGCUCCGGUUCCCUCCGUGCCGGAGGCUCUGAUCACCAGGGGAUUGCAGCCGGCAGCUGGGCGAGCUCCCCCGGAGGUGCAGCACCUGCAGGAGCCCAGGCGGGCUGGCAGUGAGCCUGCCUGCGCGUGAGACCAUGUUCCAGUAAAUGAAGACAGCAGCGCACGCCUUGAGCCCCGACUCGCGGCCAAAGACGCGACUUCAGACCAGAAGGAAUGAGGAGGCGGCUCCAGGCUCGCAGACGCCUGGGGCGGGGAGGGAGGGCGACAGGAGGUGCCCCCCCUCAAUCCUGCGACGAAGCCCACAGGAGCGCCACAGCCGUGCGGCUGAGCCACGGGGGACCACGCGGCACGUGCGGUUCCGAGAGCCCCUGGAGGUGGCCGUCCACUACAUCGCCCGCAGGGAGCCCACCGCCACCGCCAAGGCUCCCAGCCGGCCCAGGCCCCGCGGCAGCUCCCUGCUCCUGCGGCUGACGGCGUGCCUCCUGCUGGUGCUGGUGCUGGGCCUGUACUGCGGCCGGGCCAAGCCCGUCGUGCUGGCCCUGGAGGACCUGCGGGCCCGGCUCCUCGUCCUCCUCCUGCGCCUGCGGCUCGCGGCUGUCUCCUGCUGGCGCUGCCUCCUACAGCUCUGACGGCCGGACACGCACCCCCGGGCAGCCCUGAGCCCCGACCCCCCGGGGAUAGAGAGGGGCUGCUGCCAGCGGGGCUGCUGGGAAAGGGGGGGGAAGGCCUGAGAUGAGACCAGAGCCUCACCGGUCCGGCAGCCUGCCCUGCUUCACACGUCAGGGCCCUCUGCGAGGUGUUAUUGGGAAAAGAAUUCCACUUUGAAAACUGGGGGACCCACAUGCUCCCCUUUGGACCCCUCCCCUGUCCCAGCGGGAACUCUUGGUGACCUUGGGCUUGGCCUAGGGUGGCCGUGUGUAGCCCCGGGGGAGGGGAACACCCUCCCAGUAUCCAUGAGACCCAGAAGCACAAGUAAAACCUGGCAUUGACAGCUUAGGGCCUGCGGACCCAGACCCAAAACCCUACUGGGAGAGGCGGGCCUGCUUGCCGGGGCUGGGGCACUGCCCCUCAGUCGUAUGUCACCUGUCUGACACCUGCACUGGACCCAAGGACUGGGGACCCCUCACACCCCGGGGGAGUGUCCUGCCCAGCUGCCCCCCAGCUAUCGGCCUGGGCUUGUGGUGCAGAGAGGGCACAAGGAGGGGCCAAGAGGCAGAGUCGCUCUGCCCGGACUCUGCCACCCUCAGGACACAGCAUCUGUGCCAGAUCCCAACUGGAGCCACAUACCAGCUGCCGGGCCUGUGCGUCCCAUGACCAUGUAGAUGCCAUACUGUCACCCAUGUUGCCAGGCCAAGGGGGCCACAGGGUGAGACUCCAGGGUCCCCUCCAGACGCUGCAAGGAUGGGGGCCUGAGUGACGCAGGGAGGCUCAGGGUCAGACACCAGGAGGGACCGCUGGGAGGCAGCCGUGACCCGACAACCUUCAGACGAGGGGCCACGCGUCGGCCAGCGCCGUCCCUCCCGUGGGCAGUUCUUUAAGUGGCCGUCCCCUCGACAUCAGUGGGGAGACACUGACGGGAUAUCAAAACAUGCUGCCACCUCUUUCCGUCUGCGGAUUUUUCCCCAAAGCGGGGAAACCGGGACCAUUCUGCGGUGAGAGUGAUUUCAGAGGCUGAGGCAGAGGUGGGGGCACCAGGCGAGCCGGCCCCUCUGCCUGGGGGGCCAGGGCAACCGUCUCCACGCUCCCUUUCGGCUUCAGAACUCAGGGCGCCCAGAGCCGAGAGCCCAGUGGCGAGGGGCUGCUUCCAGGAGCCGUGGCCUCGGGGGGACCACGGUGAGGGCCCCGGAUCCUGACCCCUGGGGACUCUUCAGCAUCUCAGUUACCACCCCCCACACACACGGGCCCACCUGCCCCAACACUGCCCCCUCUCACCCCACCCCCUGAAGACGAUGGGCAGCUUAGGUCAUGUGCCCAGGCCUGUGGGCAGGCCCCGGCCUCCGCUCAGUGCCCUCUCGCCUGGGCCUGACCGGGGAGCCGCCUGGAAGGGGGGCCCCCUCCCGCGCCCUGCAGUGGGAUGCGCAGCCCCCUCCGCACGGCCACCGCGUUCUGCUCAGGGCUGCGCAUCCACCGCAAAGACAUGCUCAGCUCUGGAGGGGCCGUGAGGCCAGGACCCCCGCUGCGUUUGGAAAAGCAUUGCUCAAGUCGCACACCGCAACCCUACGGAUGCACACAUUCAAAAUCCAUCCUCACGCCCGUGGAGUCACGACGGGACGCAGAGAAGGAACGCCCAGGAAAGUCAGGGCUGGGAGGGCGGAGCCGAUGCCCGGCUCCUCGCCAGCUCCUGAAACUCCAGCAGCAAACGCGAACGCAGGGUUUCAGUCUUAUCGCGAAAGCGGGUGCAGAACAAGGAGAACAGACAACUGAUGGAGAGAAGACGGGCAGAGAGGUGCCUCCUCGGCCACAGCAGAGGCUCGGGUGUUUUGUUUUUAUUUGGACUUUGAGGAAUAGAUACAUUUACCCUUGAA